CUUUUUUUUGUUUGGAUGUAUCCAGUCUGCAGAUGAUAAAGUCUGGCAGCAAGUUUUAUUGCUUUCUGAAAUAGUGCAGCUGGUUACGGCACCGGCAAUCACAACAGCCAUGGUUACUGAGGCUUAAAGAUCUGAUAGAAGACUAUGUGACAAAUCGACAAGUUCUUUUUCCACACAUCCCCUUAAAACCAAAACAUCACUACCUCCUCCACUACCCAUAUUUGAUCAUGCAAUUUGGACCCUUGACUAAGAUGUGGACACUACGAUGUGAAAGCAAACACAGUUAUUUCCGAAAAACUGCACGUGCUUGUCAGAAUUUCAAAAACUUGACAGCUACACUUUCCAGCCGCCAUGAACUUUUUCAAGCCUACAAAACCGCGAGGAGCAAGUGUGAUGACCUCUACAAUGCCUUCACAUUAGAGGUAGAGCUCUGUGCUCCUGAAGUGCAAGUAACCAUUCGUGGAGCUCUUUCUGAUUGCGAAUCAAUUUUAGCUGCACACCAAGCAACAAUUCGCGGAACCUUGUACAAAAAAGAGAUGAUAGUUCCAAUGUAUUGGAAUGACGGCACAACAGUGUUCGGGGAAAUAUUGUUAAUCAUUCUGAAGAACAAAGAAUUUUUUUUCGUGAUGAAAACUGUUCAGACUUCGUACGAUGCCGGAAUGCACUUGUUUACUGUUGAAAGCAAUGAUGGUCCCGUUAAAUGCAUGAGAUGCGACGAUCUUAUAGACCACGUUCCGCUAUUUAAGUACAAGCUCGCGCAUGCUAGGUACCUUAUGGUUGUGCUGAAGCAUGCGUUACUGGACAUUGUUUAAUUUUGUUCCCAGGCUGCAGUCAUGGAAUUGGAGACCCUAAUUUCGGAGACAGUACCGUGGCUUGGAAGUGAGACGGUGAGGAUGACUGUAGAAAAGCUACAGGCAUGCGGUGUUCAAACCAAGGAGCACCUGUCGUAUAUACACGAAGAGGACUUGGCGUUCCUGAACCCAGUUACACGAAGGAUGCUUAUCGAAAAGUUUCAUUCUGUGGGCACUGCUCCACCGGCGCAACCUGUUCCGCCAACGGCAACAGAAGCUGUAGCAGCGCGGGCUCCAUUGAGUGAAAAUAUUACUGUGCCAUGGGGUUCUUUUCCAAAUGAACUCGUGAAGGCUUGUGAAGAAGGUGCAAGGCCAAGAAAGUGUGAUUUAAAUGAAAUGGUACGAAUCGUCAGCAACAAAGUGUUAGAGGUCACGAGGAAUCCAGGCAGAAAAGUGCUGAGAGCUGUUGCCAGUGAAAUUGUUACUCGCUAUCCCAAAACUUUUCAAGAUGAACUUAACGGAACUGUGAUCGCAAGUGGACUUGAAACAUUACUCUGGAAACUUGAAAAUUGCAUAAACAACAAAAAGCGAGUUCCUUCUCUAAGUCUGUCGCUACGAAACAGCGAGGACGAAGAUGCGAAUGUAAAGAAACGAAAAGUCCAGAAGGAUUCAUAUGGUUGUGUGUCUUGGCAGCCCGAUUUGCCUGCAGGUGAAACGCGCGAGUGCCAGCAAAAGAAAAAAGAAGCAUUGCUAUCCGAGUUCAGACUUGUCGCCAAGAACAAGGAGCUGGUGACGCGGCUUAUGUUAGAGACUUAUCCUUCUCAACGUGAACUGAUCAACAAAUCUACGAAUAUUCUUGAUGUGAAGCGCCACUGGCCUUUUUUGUUUGAGAAGCAUCACCUGAGCUCGCACAUGAACACUCUGCUAGGAUAUGAUGUUUCGAAGACGUUUGAAGAGAAGCUUGUUAUUGUCGGCCAACACAUAUUUCGAUAUGCUCAUACCCAAGUGAAGAACGCUAGAGUGAAAGCAUGUCUCAAAGACAUCGCCAAUGCGAAGGCAACAAGAAAGUCCGCAGCCGUUGAAUACGAAGCUGCUCCUCUGCUGCUCCUGGCGCUGCUUGAUGAAGAUGACGAGUACUUCUUCAGGACAGUUGAGGAAAAUGCAAGUGAAGAUGACGUCGGAGAUGUGCCGUGCUCCCCCUUCAUCAUUGCCAAAGGAGGAAGCUUUCUGACUGCCGGGGCCUUUACCAUAUGCAUUGAUACCCAUGCUGUGAUAGAAGCUACCACACCGUGUGAGGCAUUCAAGCUGAUGUUCUUCACUCACUUCGCCUUUAAUAUAGUGUACCGCAAGGAGGUCAGCCUUACCCUGGAGUUCACACAAAGGGCAAUCGCAGCACUCAACCCAGACCGAGGGAGCAAGGUCCAAAAGUCAAGGAAGCAGCACUGCCUCACACCAAAAGUGGCGAACUUAAUCAAUGCUCUACGAGACUACGAAUUUUAAAUGUUUGACCGGAAAUUUUUCAUUGUCAUCAUGCAUAUAGAUGUGUGUGUAUCCAUUUCUAAAAGCCAGUUUGAAUCUACAGUGACAAGUUGUAUGCUGUUUUCAUAAU